AAAAUACAGAACAUGCAUGGAGUAAAACAGAAUAUGGCCUUUCAGUUAGCUUGAAAAAGAUAGAAUCUGAAAUUUAAUUUGUUGAAGAGCUAGAACUAGAACUUGAACGGUUUAUUCAUCAUUUGAAGUUUUCUAAGCUUGUUCAUCAGCUAGCUAGAGAACCAUGUCAGGCAGAAUUUAUCACAGAUCCUCCUUUUCAAGUGAAGAAGAGGCAGACAAACAUGAAGAAGAAAACCAAUUAGUCCCUGCCAAUAAUUAUAGUCAAGCUAUAGUUCCAAUGUACCAUAAAAGUGUUCCAACGCCUGGUACUUAUGUUGUUACACUUCCUAAAGAUCAAAUUUACCGUAUCCCACCACCGGAAAAUGCUCACCGCUUCGAAAACUACACACGCAGGAACAAAAACCGUCCGAGUAAUUGCUGUUGUGUUUUAUUCUGGAUUCUCAGCCUCAUCAUCCUUCUCGGUCUUCUAGCUGCCAUCGCUUCAGGCAUUUUCUACGCCAUCAUCCAGCCAAAGGCUUUAGAGUACUCGGUCGAGAUUUUCUCCAUCAAAGGCCUCAACAAGAACCUUACUUCUUCGUCAUCGUCAGGUCUGAAACUCUCACCGGAGUUUGACAUCACCGUCAAAUCCCAAAAUCCUAAUGGGAAGGUAAGUUUUUAUUACCUGGCGGGAGGAAGCUCAGUUACCGUUUCUUACUCUAAAGUUGAAUUGUCAAGUGGUGAAUUUAAAACAUUUCACCAACCUGCAAAUAAUGCAACGUCUAUUCAAAUGGCGUUAAAAAGUACCGAUGGAGUAGAGAUGUCAAAAGAAACUCGUACUUCACUAAUGGAUAAACUGGAGCUGGGUAAUAUUCCAUUUGAACUGGAUUUGAACGUGCCUGUUAAGGUCAAGGUGGGUUCUCUCAAGACAUGGACGAUUACCCUUAACGUUCGUUGCGAUGUUUCAACGGAUAAGUUAACGGUCAAUUCAACUUUGGUUUCUAACAAGUGUGAAGUUAAGGCAACGCAUUAGGUUUAAUUCUUUGGAUGGAUGUAAACGCAAAAGAUUAAAUGAGGAAAUUGUUACAGAAAAUUGGUGACAACGGUGACAAAAUUUGUGGUCACGAGUACGCGCUAGUUCAGAAUUAUGGUUAUGUUCUACAAGCAAAUAGGAUAUUCUUUGAAACUGGUUAAAAUAAAUUUACGUAUUUUUUGCAGUUUCAAUUCAAUUUGGAAUUGAUUACC